CGGGGUUCUCGGUCGGUGAAACUGAAUUACCGGCGGAAGAAAACUUACCCUUGUUGAGCCUUGCGGUGUGGGAAUGCGCUGGACACUGCCUGUGAAAAUAGGAGCCCAAUAGACAUAUCUGGGAAUGUCUUAACGUUUUGUCACUAGUUCCAGGAUAUAGAAAUGGACUCUUGUUUGACUCGAAAUAAAUAAUUAUUUUUCCUUCUCAGAAUGAAGUGACAUCACAUUUCAGUAACUGGGAUCUGAAAUCUUUACAACCAGAUUUUUUCUCCGCAACGGGAAACAUAGGAUUUGAUUUUGAUAAGGGUGGGAGGCGUGUGGUGGGGUUGGGAGCAUGGCUGAACCACGCCAUGAGAGCACCAGCAGCCUGCAGAGGAAGAAGCCUCCAUGGCUCAGACUGGACAUUCCCACUGCUCAGGUGUCCCUGGAUGAGCCACCCACCUUCGUCCAGCCGGUGAAGCGCCAGGGUUUCCUCCGCAGUAUCAGCAUGCCAGUGGAGCCCUCCCACCUCCGGUCCCCGCCUCGCGACCUCUUUGACCCCCGCCGGCCGCCCCUGCUACGCCAGUCCUCCAUCACACAGACCAUCAAGAGGGGCACAGCGGACUGGUUCGGGGUCAGUAAGGACGGCGAUGCCACUCAGAAAUGGCAGAGGAAGAGUCUGCGCCACUGCAGCAUGCGCUAUGGCCGUCUGAAGCCCCAGGUGAUCCGGCAGAUGGACCUGUCCAGUCAGGACAACAUCUCUCUGACCAGCACCGAGACGCCCCCGCCCCUCUACGUACCCUCCUCAGCACAUGCCUUUGGCAUGCAGAAGAUCGUGGACCCGUUGGCGAGGGGGCGUGCGUUCCGUAUGGUGGAGGAGGUGGACGGUUACAGCGUGCCCCAGACCCCCGUCACCCCCGGCGCCGCUUCCCUCUGCUCCUUCACCUCCUCCCGCUCGGGCCUCAACCGGCUGCCGCGGCGACGCAAGAGGGAGUCUGUCGCCAAGAUGAGCUUCAGGGCAGCAGCCGCUCUGGUUAAGGGGCGCUCCCUGCGGGAAAACGCCACCCUGCGGCGGAUGCAGAGACGCAGCUUCACCCCUGCCAGCUUCAUGGAGGAGGACGUGGUGGACUUACCUGAUGAGCUGGACACAUCCUUCUUCGCCAGAGACUGUCUGAUGCAGGAAGAGUUGUCCACAUACGCUGACGAGGUGUUUGAGUCUCCGUCGGAGGCGGCUAUGAUGGAUGUGGUGCAGGAGGAGGGCAGUAUGCUGGACGAGACGGAGCUGACCGGCAGCGCUCUGGACAAGAGUGAACUGGAGAGGAGCCAUCUCAUGCUGCCUCUGGAGCGAGGGUGGCGUAAGGCCAAAGAGGGAACCCCAGGACCGCCCAAGGUGCCCUUGCGGCAGGAGGUGGUGAGUGUGAACGGACAGCGACGGGGGCAGCGCAUCGUUGUGCCCGUCAAGAAGCUGUUCGCUCGGGAGAAGAGGCCCUACGGGCUGGGCAUGGUGGGGAAGCUCACCAACCGCACCUACCGCAAGCGCAUCGACAGCUAUGUGAAGAGGCAGAUAGAGGACAUGGAUGACCAUAGGCCUUUCUUUACGUACUGGAUCACUGUUGUCCACUUGCUGAUCACCAUCCUGGCUGUCUGCAUCUAUGGCAUCGCCCCCGUGGGCUUCUCCCAGCACGAGACGGUUGAUUCUGUUCUAAGAAACAAAGGUGUAUAUGAAAAUGUCAAGUUUGUACAACAAGAGAACUUCUGGGUCGGGCCGAGUUCAGAGGCUUUGAUCCACCUGGGGGCCAAGUACUCUCCCUGCAUGCGUCAGGACCAGCAGGUGCACGACCUGAUCCGGGACAAGAGAGACAUAGAGAGAGACUCUGCCUGCUGUGUACGCAACGACCGCUCCGGCUGUCUACAGACCUCAGAGGAGGAGUGUUCGAGUACUCUGGCCGUGUGGGUGAAGUGGCCGCGGCAUCACAGCACCCCUCAGCUGGAGGGCCAAGACAGGCAGUACGGCUCAGUGUGCCAUCAGGACCCCCGGAUUUGUCUAGAGCCAGCAUCGGUGGCACCGCAUGAAUGGCCUGAUGACAUCACCAAGUGGCCAGUUUGCACCAGGUACAACACAGGGAACCACACCAACCUGCCUCACAUAGACUGCACCAUCACAGGCCGGCCCUGCUGCAUCGGCACAAAAGGGAGGUGUGAGAUCACGUCCAGGGAGUAUUGUGUCUUCAUGAUGGGCUACUUCCACGAGGAGGCUACUCUCUGCUCCCAAGUUCACUGCAUGGAUGAUGUGUGUGGCCUGCUGCCUUUCCUCAACCCAGAGAUCCCAGACCAGUUCUACAGACUGUGGCUCUCUCUCUUCCUGCACGCUGGGAUCCUUCACUGCAUGGUGUCAGUGUGCUUCCAGAUGACCAUCCUGAGAGACCUGGAGAAGCUGGCAGGCUGGCUGAGGAUCUCCAUCAUAUACAUCCUGUCUGGCAUCACCGGAAACCUAGCCAGCGCCAUCUUCCUGCCCUACAGAGCAGAGGUUGGUCCGGCAGGCUCCCAGUUUGGCAUCCUGGCCUGCCUGUUUGUGGAGCUGUUCCAGAGCUGGCAGAUCCUGGCCCAGCCGUGGCGGGCCUUCAUCAAGCUGCUGUGUGUGGUGCUCUUCCUCUUCGCCUUCGGCCUGCUGCCCUGGAUCGACAACUUUGCCCACAUCUUUGGCUUCAUCUCUGGCUUCUUCUUGUCCUUCGCCUUCCUGCCCUACAUCAGCUUCGGACGCAUGGACAUGUACCGCAAGCGGCUGCAGAUCAUCGUCUUCCUGGUGGUGUUCUUGGGGCUGUUCGCCGGCCUCGUGGUGCUUUUCUAUGUGUACCCCAUCAAGUGUGACUGGUGUGAACUGCUCACCUGCAUCCCCUUCACAGACAAGUUCUGUGAGAAGUACGACCUCAACGCCCACCUCCACUGAGGAGUGGGAAGGUAGCGCCGGAGGAGGGGCGUCAGGUCAAGAGGCAUCGAUUGGCAGGUGUUAUCAACCAAUCCUUGUCUCUGUUCUGCCCUAUAGUGUGGCUAAAGAGGAGGGGAGGGUCCCGUGUGGAGCUCCCUCUCCUCUGGCUCUGUGAACUGAACUCUGAUGACAAUAUGCUUGUGUUUUUUACUCGGUCUGUCUGUAUGAAUAAGUAGGAAUGCCACUGCAUUCGUCAUGAGGACUUGCAUUAAUCACAUUCUUUUCACCCCCCCACACACCAUUUUCUCUCCUCCACUGACCAAUGAGAGAAGGGUAUGGUCUAACCACUUAUCUAAGCCCCUCCCACAUUUCUCUCUCUCUUCACGUAUAAGGCAGGGUUUGGAGGAGUCAUCACUGGUACAAUAGACAGAAGGAAAUAUUUCUGUAUUUUUUUCAAUUUGUUAUUUUUUUAUUUUAUUUUCAUGUUUUUAACACUCACAAUCCAGGAGUAGGUUUUGUAAUUAUUCAGGCAACCUCUCAAAAACAACCAGGGACAAACAAAUCAGACAUUAAUACCUUUGGUGCCUUGCUGAUAAAUGUACCAACUACUGCCAUAUUUUUGUUACAAUACGUUGAGCACUCGAAUGCUAUCCUUUUAUUUGUUUAUUGCUUCUUAAGAAGUAAUGAUUGAUUGAAACAAGGUAGUGUUUUAGCUACCUAUCUACUCAUAUGUAACUGAAUACAACAGUAAAAAAACAUGAAAAGAAAUCCGUCAGUG